AGUUUGAAUAUAACUUUUCCUGUAAUUUUAGCCUCCUUUGAUCUUCUGUUUCUGGAACAGCAGAGCUCAGGGUUGAAAACUUAGUGUUUUCCUAACUCUCUGCAGUUAGGCUAGGCACAGGGUUACUCGGUGUUUGCACUGUUGACAUUUUGGGCUGGGUAAUUCUUUGUUGUGGAGGCUCCCUUGUGCAUUGUAGGGUGUCUAGAGAAUCUCUAGCCUCUACUCACUAGUUGCCAAUAGCACCUUCUCCCCAAGUUAUGACAAUGAAAGAUGUCUGUGUUCCUGGAGGGGGGCAGGGCAUAAUUCCUCCCCCCCCUAGCCCCACUGAGAACUAUUGAGAAGCUGCCUUGCCUCAAGUUGGGUCUAACUUGAGAAUUAGAUGGUACAGACUGGCUAACUAAAGCAAAAACAACUUUGAUGUUCCCUACAUCAGGUACUGUGCUAGGCCCUAGGGAUGCAGAUGGAAAAAAAAAGUCAGUUCCUUAAAGUAAAAAAACAAAUGGUAGUUACACAAGCUUCAAACAGGUGAAUUGUGUAACAACUUUAGUUGCUUCUGUUCCUUGAAAAGUGGGCUCUGCUUGGGCUAACAAGGCUGCUACCAUAUGGCUUGUUGACAUUUUCUGCCUUAUCUAGCCCUUUGGACACCUUUAUGUAGCAUCUGAACCACUUGUGGGUCCCCCAAAGCACCAUACUCUGCUUUGGACUUUUGUGCAAAAUUCCCUUGCUGUUAGGCAUCUCUUUUGCUGACUUUUCUUUUUUUUUGGGCGGGGGUGAGGGGCAGCGUGCUGCGCGGCUUGUGGGAUCUUAGUUCCCUGACUAGGGAUCAAACCUGAGCCCUCAGCAGUGAAAGCGGAGUCCUAACCACUGGACCACCAGGAAUUCCCUGCCUAAUUUUAUUUCUGAUGCAGAAUCUUGCCAAUGGAAACACUGAAUGUGUCUUUAUCUACUGGUUCAAGGACUGGCUCAAAAUUUCUCAUACAAUAUUCGUUGGCCAGUUGCGGACAUAUUAGUUGGUGCUUUCCUUGGCAGGAUUAUGUGUUCUACAGGUCCUUGGGUAAGAAUCUACCCUAGUCAACUGGGUCCUUUUGUUCCCCCUGUCAAGGCAGGCUAGAGAAUGUAACAAUGAGCUGAGUUCCUUCCGUGGUUCAGUGUUCAUUCUUCAGGUAGCUAAUUCAACUUGGCUUCAAGCGAUUUCCCUCUUUGGUACCGGUGGAAUCUGACUUCUGGUCAUCUCUACUAAAAAGCAAUUCUGAAGUCCAUUUUCUCUAAAUUCUCUUGGGACUGGCAAGUGGUUUGAGUUUCCAAGGGGUCUAGGUCAUGGAUAUUUGGAGGGGUUCUGUCUAGGUCAUGGAUAUUUGGAGGGGUUCUGUCUAGGUCAUGGAUAUUUGGAGGGGUUCAAGCUGGUGAAUUAAAAAAAGCGGGGGGAGGAAGGAGAUGGGAUGGAAAUUUAGGACCCCAGAGCAAUCCUAGAGAACUCCAAACUCUGGAAGAGAAGCUUUAUUGAUGUUUGCGGUCUUUCUAAAAAUCGAAGGAAAUUUUGCAUUCUGGUUGAGUCAUAUGCCUGUGACCGGCCUACAUGAGUUCGUUCGGUGAGUGCUGAGAUGCUGAACAUGUUCUAGGCCCUGGUAGUAUCUUCUGGGACAAGGCAACAAGGUUCCAAGUGUCAUGGAAUUUACAUUCUGGUGGAAUUGCCAGUUAAAGUAUUUACAGAACAAAAGAUCUGUAUGGCUUCAGAUUUUGUGACUUCAGGCAUCCCAGGGCCUCUCACAUCUCUCCCAUAACCUCCAAAAAUUUAAAUGUGAAGUCUUUAAUUCAGCAAUUCUACUCAUAUAAGUAUCCUAAAAACAGACUUGCUUAUGUGUACAUAUGCAUACAAGGAUGUUUAUUGCAGCUAUGUUUAUAACAGUGAAACAUUUAAAAUAAAACCGGUACAUUUAUACUUGAGUAUAAUGCAGCCAUUACAAUAUAUAUGAAUUAGAUCUAGUGUAAGUACUGACAAGAUCUCCAAGACAUUCUGUUAAGUGUAACAGAAUACCCAACAACCCAAUCCCCAAUAAGCCCACCCUUCACCCCUGCCAGUCAAAACUCUGUUGUGUGUACAGUUAAAUACAUAGAUUGAGGGAAAAAACUGGAGGAGUACACGCUGAAAUCAUAGUCAUGGUUAACUGGAGAAAAGUAGGAAUUGUGGCUGUUUACAGUAUACGUGAAAGGAAUAGGGUGUUUUUGUGCAGUUUAGAAUAAUUUUUUAAAAAUAGUAACAGAAGGAGUGACACUAUAUGACACCUGGGAACUGUAUAACACCUGGGAGAGGAGCUGUGGGGUUUAGCUGCAAAGUUCCAAGAUAACGCCUGAAGUAACAAUUAGCAGCUUGUAAAGAUUCCACUCUCCUGACUCAAGGCACUAUGAAAGUUGUUUAGACCACAGAGUGAGCGGCCCUGUGUGGUUGUCGGGAGAGCGUAGAGGCUGGACCAGAAGUCCAGAGACUGGUGGACCUGGUGACUGCCGCGUGGUAGGAGGGAAUAAGCCCGGAAGCAACUGCGGAAGAGCUCACUAAGAGAUUUUUGCCUAGGAGCCAAGCUCGGCUGGAGAGAGCUGCACAAGAGUCCACCCAACUGUUUUUCAUAAAGGCAAAGGUUGAACUUUAAAAGGACCUCCCCAGUGCCCCCCAAAAUGGGGAUUCUUUUGGCAUUUAGGGUCACUUAAGAUUCCAUAUACUGAUUACCAAAAACUAAAGAAGGAAGCCCCAUUUUGUCACUGCUGGAGAGAAGACAAAAAUGAUAAGGAGAUAAAUUAUUUCAAAUAUGAAGGGGGAAAAAAGGCAAUAUUUUAAAGUAAAGUGAGAACGGUCGGAAAGGAGUAGUGCUUUUGUGAUGCUGUUUUCAAGGAGAGGUGGCCAGGGAGGCCGGUGCCUGCUGCUCUCGAUUCUGCUCUUCACAGCCUGGGGGGCUGGCAGUGGCCAGAUCAACUACUCGGUCCCUGAAGAGGCCAAACAUGGCACCUUCGUGGGCCGCACCGCUCAGGACCUGGGGCUGGAGCUGGCCGAGUUGGUGCCAUACCUGUUCUGGGUGGCGUCCAAAAGCCACGAGGACUUUCUGGAGGUAAAUCUGCAGAACGGCAUUUUGUUUGUGAAUUCUUGGAUUGACCUGGAGGAGCUAUGAGAACAGAACACGAAAUAUAGUAUUCACCUGGAGGUGCUCGUGGACAGGCCGCUGCAGGUGUUGCAUGUGGAAGUGGAGGUGAAGGACGUUAAUGAUAAUCCACAGGUCUUUAGUUAGGUGAGAGAACAAAGGCUAUUUAUUCCUGAAUCUAGGCUACUGGAUUCACGUUUCCCGAUAGAGGGCGCUGCUGAUGCAGACAUUGGUACCAACGCUUUUCUAACAUACACUCUCAGCUCCAGUGAUUAUUUCUCUUUGGAUGUACAGGCAAGUGAUGAACUGAGUAAGUCACUUUCGCCUGAAUUGAAGUCUGUGGAUAGAGAAGAUACACCAGAACUUCGUUUAUUAUUGACAGCCACUGAUGGGGGCAAACCAGAACUAGAAGGUAUAGUUCAGCUGCCGAUCAUGGUGCUCAACGUUAAUGAUAACGCCCCAUGGUUUGCCCAGGCCGUGUACAAAGUACACUUAUUAGACACGACUAAUGUUCCAGCAACUGGAACAUUAAUGACCACAUUAAAUGCCUCUGACGCUGACAAAAGUGUAAAUGGCGAAAUUGUCUUUCUUUUGGCAAAAUUCAAAAUUGAUUCCAGCUCAGGGGAAAUUAGGCUAAUUGGUUGACUGGAUUAUGAAGAAACGAAAUCCUACGAAAUUCAGGUAAAAACAGUUGAUAAAGGAGGUCCUCCAAUGUCAAAUCACUGCAAGGUUUUAGUGAAAGUGCUGGAUGUAAAUGAUAAUGCUCCGGAACUGGCGGUCACAUCCAUCUUUGCCUUAAGAGAGGAGUCUCCACUCAGCACCGUCAUCGCCUUCAUCUCCUUGUCUGACCGUGACUCUGGUGUCAAUGGCUAGGUGACCUGCACCCUGACGCCUCAUGUCCCCUUCAAGCUGGUGUCCACCUUCAAGAAUUACUAUUCGCUGGUGCUGGACAACGCCCUGGAUCGCGAGAACCUGGCGAACUAUGAGGUGGUGGUGACCGCGAGGGAGGGCUCGCCUUCCCUGUCGGUCACAGCCAGCGUGUCCGUGGAAGUGGCCGACGUGAACGACAACGCGCCCGUGUUCGCGCAGCCUGAGUACACGGUGUUGGUGAAGGAGAACAACCCGCCCGGCUGCCACAUCUUCACGGUGUCGGUGCGGGACGCGGACGCUCAGGAGAACGCGCUGGUGUCCUACUCGCUGGUGGAGCGGAGGGUGGGCGAGCGAGCGCUGUCGAGCUACGUGUCGGUGCACGCGGAGAGCGGCAAGGUGUACGCGCUGCAGCCGCUGGACCACGAGGAGCUGGAGCUGCUGCAGUUCCAGGUGAGCGCGCGCGACGCGGGCGUACCGCCUCUGGGCAGCAACGUGACGCUGCAGAUGUUCGUGCUGGACGAGAACGACAACGCGCCCGCGCUGCUGCUGCCCGGGCUGGGCGGCGGGGCGGGCGCGCUGAGUCAGCUGGUGGCGGGGUCAGUGGGCGCGGGCCACGUGGUGGCGAAGGUGCGCGCGGUGGACGCGGACUCGGGCUACAACGCGUGGCUGUCGUACGAGCUGCAGCCGGCGGCGGGUGGCGCGCGCAGCCCGUUCCGCGUGGGGCUGUACACGGGCGAGAUCAUUACGACGCGCGCCCUGAACGAGGCGGACGUGUCGCGCCAGCGCCUGCUGUUGCUGGUGAAGGGCCACGGCGAGCCGGCGCUGACGGCCACGGCCACCGUGCUGCUGUCGCUGGAGGACAGCAGCCAGGGGCCCAAGGCCUCGUCGCGGGUGUCCACCGGCGCCGCUGGCGCGGAGGCCGCUCUAGUGGAUAUGAACGUGUACCUGAUCAUCGCCAUCUGUGCGGUGUCCAGCCUGUUGUUGCUCACGCUGCUGCUGUACGCGGCGCUGCGGUGCUCGGCGCCGUCCAGCGAGGGCGCGUGCGGGCCCGGGAAGCCCACGCUAGUGUAAUCCAGCACGGUGGGGAGCUGGUCUUACUCGCAGCAGAGGCGGCAGAGGGUGUGCUCUGGAGAGGGGCUGCCCAAGACCAACCUCAUGGCCUUCAGCCCCGGUCUUUGUCCAGGUCUGAGCACGUCGGGAAGAAAUGAACAUCCAGAAACAAAUAUAGUAAUAUAAGUUCAACUUCCAAGCUUUGGCUUUAGAUUUUUUUUUUAAAAUUUUUACUUAUCUAACCAUCUUUUCAGAUGUCACUUUAAAAAAUAUAUUCCAAGUGUUCACUAAAAUCUCAACAAAUCUUACCAUUUAUUGUAGAUAUUUAUUCUAUUACUUAUAGCUGCAUCUUGAAUAGAACUUGGAAUCAAACAACAAAAAAACUAAUGUAGGAACAAAUUGCCAUAUUCCUUGGAUCAAAUAGUAGGAUACUUUUGAAAGAAUACUGAAAUAUUAAGCAGUCUUGAUCAUAUUUAACACAGAAUCUUAACGUAGUCAAAUACAUUGUCAUUUUCAAGUUUAUUUGUAGCUUGGAAUGAAAUGUCAAGCCCUGGACAAAAAUUUAUAGGUAGAUUUACAGAAACUAUCUGCCUUCCCUUAAGGUUUUACGUUUCAAAGUGGGCAAUUAAAAAAAUCAUUUUAAAUAAAAGUAA